AUGAAGAGACAGAAUGAGACCAGAGUUUCUGAAUUCCUCCUCCAGGGUCUCCCUAUACCACCAGAACAACAGGGCUGGUUCUUGACCCUCUUCCUGGUCAUAUACCUGACCACCGUACUGGGGAACCUGCUCAUCGUCCUGCUCAUCAUGAUAGACUCUCGCCUCCACACACCCAUGUACUUCUUCCUCAGUGUCUUGGCCUCCAAUGAUGUGACUUUAUCAUCUGUCACGGUUCCCAAAAUGUUGGUGGACAUGCAGAGUAAUCACAAGUCCAUCUCCUAUUCAGGAUGCGUUUCUCAGGAGUAUUUUUUAAUAUUUUUUGCUUGUAUGGACAAUUUCCUUCUUGCAGUGAUGGCCUAUGACAGGUAUGUAGCCAUCUGUCAGCCACUCCACUACACCAUGAUCAUGAGGCAGGAGCGAUGUAUCUCAUUAGUAGGUUGGUGCAUGUUUUUCAGUUUUUUGCACUCUCUGCUAAACGCUCUUCUCUUGAUCCAAGUCAUGAGGCAGGAGAACCAGAGCAGCGUGUCUGAAUUCUUCCUACUGGGCUUCCCCAUCCCCCUGGAGCAGCAGUUCCUGUUCUUCACCCUCUUCCUGGUCAUGUACCUGACCACCGUGCUGGGGAACCUGCUCAUCAUCCUGCUCAUCAGGCUGGACUCCCGCCUCCACACCCCCAUGUACUUCUUCCUCUGCCACUUGGCUCUCACUGACGCCUCCUUUUCAUCGGUCACGGUUCCAAAGAUGCUGCUGAACAUGCAGACUCAGCACCCAGCCAUCUCCUACUCGGGGUGCAUUUCACAGGUGUAUUUUUAUUUGGUUUUUGGCUGUGUGGACAACCUCCUUCUCUCGGUGAUGGCAUAUGACAGGUAUGUGGCCAUCUGUCACCCUCUACACUACACCCUCAUCAUGAGGAACGAGCUUUGCGUGCUGCUGGUGGCUGGCUCCUGGAUCAUCUCCUGUAGCAGUGCCCUCUUGCACACCCUUCUCCUGGCCCAAUUGUCCUUCUGUGCUGAUAACAUCAUUCCCCACUUCUUCUGUAGUCUCUCAGUCCUGCUUAAGCUGUCCUGCUCCAACACAUCUCUCAAUGAACUGGUCAUAUUCACUGCAGGAGCUGCUACGGUUGUCUUUCCACUGAGUGGCAUCCUGGUUUCUUAUGGUUGCAUUGGGGCCUCUAUCUUACGGGUUCCAUCCACCAAAGGUAUCAGCAAAGUCUUGUCCACCUGUGGCUCCCACCUCUCUGUGGUCUCUCUGUUCUAUGGCACGAUUGUGGCGAUAUACUUUUCCCCUGCAUCAAGCGAUUCCAAUAACAAAGACAUGAUUGCCUCUCUGAUGUACACCGUGGUGACCCCCAUGUUAAACCCCUUCAUCUACAGCCUAAGAAACAGAGACAUUAAAUUAGCUCUGAGGACUCUUUUCAGAAAGAGGGUCCUCCUUGCCAAGUGA